GCGCAGGUGGAGGAGAAGUGACGGAGGCGGAGAGGAGAUGGCAGGAGGAGGUAGAGACGGAGGAGAAGUGGCGGAGGAGGAGAGGAAAGAGAGGAGAGGAGAUGGCGGGAGGAGGCAGACGGGAGGUGUGUGCCAGACUAUUGCGUCGAUCUUUCACCGACUCAUCAGGAUGUUGAACCCUGACAGUCUGCUGUCUCCCAGAGCGGAGGUGAGCAGAGGCGGAGGACAAGUGGCGGAGGCGGAGAGGAAAGAGAGAGAGGAGAUGGCAGGAGGAGGCGGACGGGAGGUGGGCGGCGACCGAGGGGAGAUUGGCAAUCCCAAUGGUAGGAGGGAGGUGGGCGGAGGCGAACAAGAGGGAUGGCGGAUGUGCGAGCAGCGGAACGGAGGCCAGAGCGGAGGCGAACGGAGGUGGAGGAGAAGUGGGCGGAGGCAAAGAGGAGAUGGCUGGAGGAGAUGGAGAGGAGGUGGCGGAGGCGAAGAGGUGAUGGUGGGAGGAGAUGACGGGAGGAGGCCGACGGAAGGUGGCGGAGGCGGAGGAGAAGUCGUGGAGGCGAAGGAGAAGUCGCGGAGGCAGGGAGGAAAGCGAGAGAGGAGAUGGUGGGGGGAGGCGGAAGGGAGGUGUCGGAGGCAGAGAGAUGAUGACAGGAGGAGGCGGGCGGGAGCUGGCGUAGGCGGAGGAGAAGUGGUGGAGGCGGGGAGGAAAGCGAGAGAGGAGAUGGUAGGAGGAGGCGGAUGGGAGGUGGCGGAGGCGGCGAGAAGAUAGCGGGAGGAGGCAGACGGGAGGUGGCGGCCCUGCAAUGGGCCAAUGCGCCGCCCUGCAAC